UUUUGAUCACCUUAUGAUGGCUUCUCAGCGGAGGUUUAUUCAAAACAAGAAAGAGGCAUAUUGGUUCUAUAGGAUCGUCUCUAUAUUCUAUGACAUCAUAGGAGUCCCUCCACACUAUACCGAAGAAAUGAGGGAAGAAGCCCUAGAGACCUUAGACCUCAAUGACCGGAACCUGAUAGUGGUAGACGUUGGAGGUGGAACAGGGUUCACCACUUGUGGUGUUGUUAAGCAUGUAGAUGCCAAGAAUGUUACCAUUCUCGAUCAAUCCCCUCACCAGCUUGCCAAGGCAAAGCAGAAAGAAGCCUUGAAGCACUGCACCAUCAUUGAAGGUGAUGCCGAAGAUCUUCCCUUCCCAACUGAUUAUGCUGAUAGAUAUGUGUCUGCAGGAAGCAUCGAAUACUGGCCUGACCCACAGCGUGGUAUCACUGAAGCAUUUAGGGUUUUGAAACCUGGUGGGAAGGCAUGUAUGAUUGGACCUGUGUAUCCAACCUAUUGGUUGACUCGUUUCAUUGCAGAUCUAUGGAUGCUGUUCCCAAAGGAGAAAGAGUAUAUGGAAUGGUUCGAAAGAGCUGGAUUCAAAGAUAUUCAACUCAAGAGAAUUGGUCCGAAAUGGUUCAGAGGGGUCCGUCGACAUGGGCUAAUCAUUGGAUGCUGUGUAACAGGAGUGAAGUCGAUGCCAGGAGAUUCUCCUCUACAACAACUGGGUGGUCCAAAGGCAGAAGAUAUGAAGAAGAAGAAGAAGAAGAAGCCUAUGAGUGCUUUUGGUUUCAAUCUACGUUCUCUUAUCGGUACCAUAGCAGCAAUAUACUAUGUUCAAAUAACUAACUACAUGUGGCUCAAAGAUAAGAUUGUUCCCAAAGGCAAGCCUCUUUGAUUAUCUCAGAGAGAGAGAGAGAGAGAGAGAGAGUGUUUCCUUAUUCCUGUUAAACCCUGUUGUUGUAAUAAGAUUGUCAAGAAGCUAAACCUGGA